GCAAGCCAGCACAGUCAGUCACAAGAAGUAUCAAAAAUAGAUGAAGGUAUUCAGACUUGCGUGUGAGGGUUAAAGGAUAGUAAGGGGGUUAAAAUAUGUAAUACCCAGUGAAAAACUGUUAUUACAAUUUUAAGGUCUUAAAUAUUUUUUUUUGGGCGAGUUACAGCAAAGAUGCUGCCCGGCUGCUAAACUGAUGCUAACGCGAUCCCCACCUGGAACCGCGUGAAUAUUAUUUACUUUAUUUCUUAAGUCAGGUUCCCUUGACGAUGAAGUGUCACUAUGAAGUGUUGGGCGUGAAACGAGACGCAGGAGACGAUGAUCUGAAGAAAUCUUAUCGCAAACUCGCCUUGAAAUGGCAUCCAGAUAAGAACUUGGACAGUUCAGAGGAGGCAGCUGAGCAGUUCAAGCUCAUCCAGGCAGCUUAUGAUGUGCUGAGUGAUCCACAAGAGAGAGCCUGGUAUGACAAUCACAGGGAGGCUCUGCUGAAAGGUGGGAUAAGUGGGGAUUAUGAAGAUGAUAGCAUUGACCUCCUGCAGUACUUCACAGUCACCUGCUACUCGGGAUACGGAGAUGACGAGAAGGGCUUUUAUGUCGUUUACAGGAAUCUUUUUGAGUCCAUUGUUAAGGAGGAGAUGGAGAACAGCAGGGUGGAAGAUGAAGAAGAGGACGAGGAGUUUCCUUCAUUCGGAGGCUCUGAGAGUGACUAUGAUACAGUAGUGCAUGUGUUUUACGGCUACUGGCAAAGCUUCUGCACACGCAAAAACUUUGCUUGGAAGGAGGAAUAUGACACCAGGCAGGCCUCCAACCGCUGGGAGAAAAGAGCCAUGGAGAAGGAGAACAAGAAAACCCGAGACAAGGCUCGUAAGGAGAGAAACGAUCUGAUCCGACAGCUCGUGGCCUUCAUCCGUAAGCGUGACCGCCGUGUGCAGGCCCACAGGAAGCUGGUGGAGGAGCAGAAUGCUGAGAAGAUCAAGAAGGUGGAGGAGCAGAGACGACAGCAGAAGCUCAAACAGGCCAAACUGGCAGAGGAUUACAAGGAGCAGAGCUGGGCGGCCAUGUCCGAGCUUGAGAAGGAGCUGCAGCAGAUUGAAGCCGAGUACGGAGAGGAGUUUGGAGACGCGUCUGACAGUGAGGAAGAUGAGGCGGUCAUGGACACGCAGGAGAAAAACAGUGAAGAAGGAGUUGACGCAGAGCAGCCCAACGGAGACGACCUGACAAUUGACAUUUAUGACGAUCUCUACUGCCCAGCCUGUGACAAAUCAUUCAAAUCAGAUAAAGCCAUGAAAAACCAUGAAAAGUCCAAAAAGCACCGGGAGAUGGUGGCAUUGCUACGGCAACAGCUGGAGGAAGAAGAUAACUCAUUUGGUUUGAACGUGAAUGGAAACGAAGGGGGGGAGGAUGAAAAUGAGCAGGUGGAGGAGGAAGAAGAGGAGGAGGAGGAGGAGGAAAAGACAAAACAAAGGCUGUCGAAAAAGCAAAAGAGGAAAAAGAAACAGCAGAAAGCGCCACAACCAAGUGCUCCUGAGGAGGAGGAACCAACACCUGCCUGCCAGGACGAAGCCUCCGAGAGGUCACCUGACCCAGCAGAGCCUGAGAAGCAGGAUGAUCUCCCCAGCACGGAGGUCAAGAGCAACUCUGGGAAAACGAAAGGAAAGAAAGGAGGAAAAGACAAGCCCAAAAACAUCAAGACUCACACUGGUGAACAGCUUCCUGAGCAGGAAGUUACCCUACACUGCGUUACCUGUAACAAUGAGUUCCCCACGAGAAACAAGCUGUUUGACCAUCUGAAGACCAGCGGUCACGCCAUUGCAGUCUCUGCUAACACCUCACACGGCUCCGUGAACAAAAGCAAAAAAGACAAGAAGAAGAACAGAUGAUACAUCUUCCUCCUGGACUGAUCGGUGGACUCAGCCAGAAUAAAUGAAGCAGAAGUCCGAGGAGCCUGUCUUGGAGACCCUAAAUGAGCUUUUGAACAAAGUCUGAAGUGAACUGAGGGGGGACAGGUUCUCUAAAACAAAUAAACAAAAGAAAUGCACUACUGUUUCAAAUUUAAAUUCAUGAAAAUUUGUGAGCAAUUUCUCAAUCAUGUCUGAAAGUCUCUGCUGAUAAGAUUAGAUUAGGUUAUCCUUUAUUUCUCCCUCAAUGGGGAAACUCACUUUGUUCAGCAGCAGUACACUUGACACACACAUGCAGGGGAGGGGUAAAAAAGUAAAAAUAUAUAAUUACGAAACAUAGACAGUAUACACAUUGCAAUGGAAAUCCCCAAGAUGGACAUGGAUUUUUUCAGGUUACACCGAUCUCCAAGUGUCAAAUAUCUGUGGUUUCAUCUCUGUAAAUGUAUUACUAAUAAAGAUGAUACUGCAUGUUGGUAUUUAUACCACUUUGUAAUUAUUG